AAAGAACUCACAGUUUUAUUGAUCUCUAAGUGCAUGUAACAACGUGAUUUAAUAAUAAAAAGCCGUGCAUUUUAUUAAUAAAAUAAAACUGAAUAAAUAAUUAAAGAAGAAAUAGAAUAGAUAUCAAUGCAUUCUACAAAAUGAGGACAUCAUCGGUUUUAUUAUUAACCGUUGUUGUUGUUGUGGCCAUUUAUGGCGGUUAUGCCAAAGCUAGUAUUAUACCAAUAGGCGGCGUACUACCACCAUAUGUCGUUUUGCAUCAACCAAAUGUGGUAGUGGCAACCACUUCAGAUGGGUCCGCUGUAGUGGCAGCUGCUGCUGAAGCAGCUCAAAAUGCCGUUAAUAGUGUACAAGAAGCCGCUAAUCAAGCUGUUAGUAAUGCUCAAGUUGCUGCUGACGCUGCUGGUGUCAAUGCUCAGGCUAUUCUAGAUGCCGCCCAAGCUGCCAACGAUAAAUUGACAGCUGCAGCUGAGGCUCAAGCCGCCGCAAAUGCUGCUGCUGUUGCUGAUGCUCAAGCUGCUGCUCAAAAUCUAGCUGCUGCUAAUGUACAAGCCGCUGCAGAUGCACAAGCUGCUGCCAAUGCUCAAGCUGCUGCUGCUAAUGCUCAAGCCGCUGCCAACGCCCAAGCUGCUGUUGAUGCCGCAGCUGCUGCAAAUGCUCAAGCCUUAGCAAAUGCUCAAGCUACCGCUGCUGCUAAUGCUCAGGCUGCUGCAGCUGCUAAUGCUAACGCACAAGCCGCUGCCAAUGCUCAGAUUGCUGCUGCUGCCAAUGCUCAAGCUCAAGCAGCUGCUAAUGCUCAAGCCGCUGCUGCUGCUAAUGCCCAAGCUGCCGCUGCUGCCAAUGCUCAAGCAGUAGCUGCUGCUAAUGCACAAGCUGCUGCUAAUGCUCAAGCUGCCGCCAAUGCUCAAGCUGCUGUCAAUGCUCAAGCUGCUGCCAAUGCUCAAGCUGCUGCCAAUGCUCAAGCUGCUGCUAAUGCUCAAGCUGCUGCUAAUGCUCAAGCCGCUGCUGCUGCUAAUGCCCAAGCUGCUGCAAACGCUCAAGCCGCUGCAAUUCAAGCUGCUGCUGCUGGCUCUGGUUUAGUGGUUUCUGUAGUGCCUACUGUUCUCAGUUUACCAGGUGCCCCUGGUGCUCCAGGUGGUGGUGGCGCUCCCGGUGGUUUAGGAGGUGCUGGUGGACUAGCCCUAGGAAUAGCAGGAGCUGGUGGUGCUGGUUCAGCCGGAGGUGCAAAUGGAGGCGCUGGUGGUUCUGGAGGCUCGGGACCCGCUGGUGGUGGCGGAGGAGGUGCAGGUGGUGCUGCUGCUGGCGGUAGUGGUGGCGGAGGUGGUGGUGCUGGCGCCGGUCCAUUAGGUGGCGGCGGAGCUGGUGGUGGUGGUUCAGGUGGUGCCGCUGGUGGCGCCUACAUUUCAGGCUUAAGUGGUAGUAAUGGCGGCAACGGAGGUCCUUCGGUAGGUUAUAUUUGCGGACCCGAUGGAGCUGAUGGCGCCGAUGGUUUAGAUGGUCCCAACGGUCCCGAUGGUUCAAUAGGCGGCAGAGGUGGUAAGGGUGGUAAAGGAGGCAAGGGUGGCUGUAUUGGUGGCGGAGGAGCUGGUGGUGCUGGAGGUGGCGGUGGUGCUGCACCAAUACCUGGUCCCGCUCCCGUUUGGCCCGAACCCAUUGUUCUCAAUACCAUUCAAUGGUAAUAAAGCGAUUUUAGUUUAUUUCUUCUCUUUAACGUAAAACUUUCUUUAACAUUACGGAAAUUUCACUGAGGCAACAUUAAGAUUAAGAAAAUUAUUUGAAUUUUUGUAUGAUUAUAUGUAUAUUUUUUUACUUUUUUUGGUUUUUCUUAUUAUUUUUUUGUUUUUCCAAUACAAGGAAAUGAAGGUGCAUACACAUACAAUGUUUACAUACAAUGUUUUUCUUUAAGUUAACCUUAGUUUAAGUCUAGUCAUAAUUAACAUCUUAAACGAAAUCUACACUGUGUUUGUUUGUCUUUGCAUGCGAAUAUAAAAAAUAUUCAAAAGAAAAUCUAA